GUCUACAUGCAGAAUUGCAGAAUCGCAGAGGUAGCGGCAAAUUCCAAGAUACAGAAACUAAACCAGUAGUACUUGCUAGCUACAUAGUAGAUAUCCGACAAUGUCUCAGGAGCUGGGUCUUCCGGGUUUCCGGUUUCACCCGACCGAAGAAGAGCUUCUCAAUUUCUACCUCAAGAACGCAGUGCUUGGCAAAAAGCUGCACGGCAAUGUGAUCGGGCUCACCAACAUCUACCAGCACGAUCCAUGGUGCUUGCCCAAGUUGGCGAAGAUUGAUGGGGAGAGGGAGUGGUACUUCUUUGUGCCGAGGGACAGGAAGCAUGGCAGCGGGGGCAGGCCUAACCGGACCACUGAAAACGGGUUUUGGAAAGCAACGGGUUCGGAUCGCCAGAUAGUGAGCUUGUCGGAGCCUAAACCGGUCAUUGGCCUCCGAAAGACCCUUGUUUUCUACAAAGGCAGGGCUCCCAGAGGAUCCAAGACCGACUGGGUCAUGAAUGAGUAUCGCCUGCCCGAUACCUCCUCCUUACCUCAGGGCAUAGUGCUGUGCAAGAUAUACAGGAAGGCAACUUCCCUGAAGGUGUUGGAACAAAGGGCAGCUUUCGCGGAGGAGCUAAACCAAGUGAUGAAGGAAAUUAACAAUGGCGAAGGUUCAGAUUCUCCAUUAGUGUCUGCAAUGGAUGCCAUCUCCUGUUCCACCCACGAGGAUGAUCGCUUCGUACCACUAAUCCACUCAUCACUACACAACAAUAAGCUCCAUUUCAAGGACGAGGAAGAUCAGGUAAUGGCAACUAAAGUGAAGAAGAGGAAGAAGGUUGAAACAGGGGAAGAAGAAAAAAACGAAAAAGAAGAAGCAGAAGAAGAGUACAAAUUGCCUUCCUCUGCUUCCUCCUCUGUUCAAUUACCACUCGAAUGUGGUAAACUGCCGGAGCUCCAGCUACCCAAAUCCACCAUGGACUGGACCCAGGACCCGUUUUGGACCCAGUUGGGAAGCCCCUGGUUCCAAAACCUAACACCUUCUGCAAGCAUACUCAAUUUCUAACUAUUAUUAUAAUUCUAAUGCCAAGCCUAAAUAACUGGACUUCUAAAACAAAAUUAUAUCCCCUGUUUGGGGGGAUUCAAACCCUGGCAGCCUGGCUUCUUCUACAGUGACCAGUGGUGGCCCAUUGUGCUAGAAGUCUUUCAUCUGUAGAUAGUUUAAUUUUAAUUUUGUUCAGAUCUUUAAUUACUUCACUCUGUUUUCGUGCCCUCCCCUGCUUCUCAUCUCAAGAAAAAGUGUACUGUUUCAGUGUGGCAGAGUUUUUUUUUUUUUAUUAUUACACGUACAGGUAUCACGCGUCCGUUUUACGGUUUACAUGACUAAUGGUGAUGAGCAAAUAUGCAUAUUUGUGUUUUAUGUUCAUGAGAGCUUUCAACUGUCCUUGUCAAUGAACAUUUUCAGAAUUAAUAAAUAUAUAUCUUGGAUGUGCUA